AUGCUAGGCAACUUAUCUUCCAGGUGGAAACAGAUCAGCGAGAAGGAUGUUGAUGCAUAUCGACAACACGUUACCCCCCUGAGCCAGGUCGACUACCAAACAGAUUCCGAACGAAAAGAGCUGGUCGACGUGCGCCCCAAGGGAUUCUUCAUCCGACAUCCCCCCAAGCCCCACGACCUUGAUAAAGAUAUCACGCCAGACGCCCAAUUAUUCCAGACGAUUCACAUGGGUGCAGCAGUAGUCGACCACACCCAAUGGCGCCUCAUCCUUGACGAGAUGGUCUAUCAUGUAUUCAUGCUUAAUCUCUCCCAACUACUAAGCAUGCCACGGACAUCCAUCACCACGUUCCACGAAUGCUACAGCAGUCCCAUUUUCACCCCUACAAACCCUGUCCGGCGGGUCGGUAAUGUCCGCUGGACGGGAGUAUCGCUACACGCAUUGCUCCAGGUAGCACAACCCAACGAUUCCGCGUCGUACGUCUGGUCCGAAGGUCUCGAUUCCGGCGUCUUCGCCGAUGUCUGGGCAGACCGGUAUCAGAAGGAUCUGCCCCAGGAGAAGGCGACAGCCCCUGAGGUGCUGUUGGCGUUUGAAAUCAAUGGUGCUCCUUUAGAUAAGGAGCGCGGAGGGCCCGUCCGCCUGGUUGUUCCGGAUCGACGAGCAGAUGGACCAUACACUACUAUAUUUUAUAAUGAGAUUGACCCAAAUGAUCCGGAUGGUAAACGGAAACGGCCGGUGUGGAAUGUCGAGCCGAACUCUAUUAUCGUUCGGCCUCGACCUGAUGAGGUUAUACCUUGCGGACACGAGGUUACUAUUAUAGGUCGCGCUUGGGCAUGUGAGGAGAUAGCUCGAGUGGAGAUUAGCAUUGAUGGCGAAAGUUUCUGGCGCGAUGCGCAGGUUGCUCCGCGGAAGGAGUUCGAGUGGCAGUUGUUUCAGCAUCCUGUUGUCUUUCACAAUGUCAGUCUCCACAAUAUCAUUGCGCGGGCGACAGAUAAUUGUGGACAGCAGCAACCUAUGUGUAAUAGACGUAAUCAGGUCUCUACCGUAGCUAUACAGGUAUCUGCGGCAGAUCAAGUGAAGUAA